UAGUCAUCUCUCAGUCAGUACCUAGUGAAGUGAGGUAGACAUUCAGCAUGGCGUUAAAAUUGCUUGUUGGUCAAAAAAUUAUGAACGAAGUAGUUCGUUACAAAAAUCCAGCUGGUAAAACACAGGCAAGCGGAAAACCUGGAACCGAAUGGAGAAUAUUGAUAGUAGAUCAACUAGCAAUGAGGAUGGUAUCAGCGUGUACUAAAAUGCAUGAAAUUAGUGCCGAAGGUGUUACACUUGUCGAAGAUAUAAAUAAAAAAAGGGAACCGUUACCAGCCAUCGAAGCAGUCUAUUUGAUUACGCCUUCGGAAGAUUCUAUACGAUUACUAAUGAGAGAUUUUGAAAAUCCCGCUAAGCCAACAUACAAAGCUGCUCAUGUUUUCUUUACUGAAGUUUGUCCAGAAGAGCUGUUCAACGAUAUUUGUAAAUCUGUGGUUUCAAGAAAGAUAAAGACAUUAAAAGAAAUUAAUAUUGCUUUUCUUCCCUACGAAUCUCAGGUGUAUUCUCUCGAUUCUCCUGUUACUUUCCAAUGCGCUUACUCACCUGGUCUUGCUGGUGCACGUUGUGCCAAUAUGGAGCGUAUUGCUGAGCAAAUUGCUACACUUUGUGCUACACUCGGAGAGUAUCCAUCGGUUCGAUAUAGAAAUGAGUGGGAUGGUAACGUAGAAUUGGCGCAAAUGGUACAGCAAAAGCUGGAUGCAUACAAGGCUGAUGAACCAACAAUGGGUGAGGGUCCAGAGAAGGCAAGAUCCCAGCUUUUGAUCUUGGAUCGCGGCUUUGAUUGUGUUUCUCCGCUACUGCAUGAAUUAACACUACAAGCAAUGGCGUACGAUUUAUUACCUAUAGUAAAUGAUGUAUAUAAAUUUGUUCCCUCACCGAACGCUGCUGAGAAAGAAGUGUUGCUUGAUGAAAAUGAUGACCUCUGGGUCGAUUUGCGUCAUCAACACAUUGCUGUAGUUUCGCAGAGUGUAACACAGUAUUUGAAAACAUUUACUGAAUCGAAGAGACUCACUCAAACAGAAAAACAAUCUAUGAAAGAUCUUUCGCAAAUGAUCAAAAAAAUGCCACAAUACCAAAAACAAUUGUCAAAAUAUUCUACUCAUUUACAUCUUGCUGAGGAUUGUAUGAAAUCAUAUCAAGGAUAUGUUGAUAAAUUAUGUCGAGUGGAGCAAGAUUUGGCAAUGGGAACAGACGCUGAAGGAGAAAAAAUCAAAGACCAUAUGCGUAAUAUUGUCCCCAUACUGCUAGAUCAAGCAGUAUCUAACUAUGAUAAAGUGCGGAUCAUUGCAUUAUAUGUUAUGAUCAAAAACGGAAUUUCAGAGGAAAACUUGACCAAGCUUGUCACUCAUGCUCAGAUUGAACCAAAAGAGAGAGAAAUGAUUACGAAUUUGAGCCUUCUUGGAAUAAAUGUCAUUGCUGAUGGCAAUCGUAAGAAAACUUACACUGUACCACGUAAAGAACGCAUAAACGAACAUACUUAUCAGAUGUCUAGGUGGACGCCUGUCAUCAAAGAUAUAAUGGAGGAUUCCAUAGACAAUAAAUUGGACGAACGACACUUCCCGUUCUUGGGUGGCAGAAAAACAGCUGGCUUCCAUGCCCCCACAAGUGCGCGGUAUGGUCAUUGGCAUAAGGACAAAUCUCAGACUGCAGUGAAAAACGUGCCUCGUCUUAUUGUGUUCGUUGUAGGUGGAGUAAGCUAUUCAGAAAUUCGCUGUGCAUAUGAAGUUACAUCUGCUGUCAAAAAUUGGGAAGUUUACAUUGGGUCAUCACAUAUUUUAACUCCAGAAACAUUCCUUAGUGACCUUGGAUCAUUAAACAAAGAGUAAAGUGAAGUUGAUUGUAAUAAGAAAGUAUUCAGCAUACAGUUCAAGUUUUUAAAACAGAAACGAACUGUUUUUAAAUUAUUUCGCAAGCUAUUGUGUAAAAAUGAUAAAGUUUUUUUUAAAUAUAUGAGGAGCUUCAACUGUUCCUUGUUAUUAUGCAAAUUAUUCGCAAUGAUUAUACAUUAUUUACCAAUUGCAUCUUUCUGCGUGCAAAAAAAUGCAAACAUGUUCAUUGCGAUUGAGUUAACACCGGAUAAUAGUUUUUUCUAGAAGGUUGGCCUACAGCUAGUGGCCUACAGUUGAAAUGUCAAUUUCAUCCCAUUGUAAUGUUGUAAUGAUCAUCAUUCAAAUGUUUUUGUGUAUUUCCUGAAGUCAGAAUUCUACUAUAAAGUUUUUUUUAUGCUAUAGAUUUUUUCUGUAGAUAGAUGUAGAUUUUUUCUAUCUUAAAAAAGCUCGAUAGUAGACUGAUGGCUUUCUGAAAUCGUUGCCACAUUUUGGGUAUUUCAUAGAUUCAUAGAUUCUGACACUAUUAACAUGCCAUGAAGAAACACAAUCUGAAAUUAUCAAUAAAUACACUUCGCAUUCACUAAAUCAUUUUUUUAGUAAAGAUGACCAGUAAAUACUAUCUUGAAAAGUUGCUUCCUUACAAUUCAAAAUAUUCAUAGUCUGUUAAACCAAAAAAUGUAUUCUUAUUAACAAAACGCAAAGUAUGAGGUCAUUUAAUAAAAUUUAACGAUGAUAAUAGAAGUUAAUAAAGUACAGUUAUGAAAAAAUCAAUUUGAUCCUUAUCUAAUUUCAUUACAUUUACUGCAUUGUAUAUUUUUCAAAUACUUGCUUGUGCUUAGUAUCCGAACUAUUAAGCUAUAAAAAGAUAUAUUGUUCUUAUCCUAAAUGUGUGUUAUUUUUCAUUCGCUAUGAGCAAAUUAAAUAAAAGCUAAAAAAUUUAAACUUUAGACAAUUGAUAAUAUUGUGCUCACUCAUAGUUCCGUACUAGGUAUUCUUAAUUUUGUUUAUUCUAUUCAACAAAUUUAAUUUUGAACAAUAAAGAAAAACGUUAAAAAACUAGAACGAACAAAUGUACUUGCUAGUUGGCUUUUUUACGGUUUUGUAAACAUAUUUAUGAGAACUGAGGCGCGAAGUGAUAGUAGAUGACUUAAGCUUCAUUCUGGCAACGUCAAUUUGAUUUUUUUGCUAUUCAUUUCCUAUGAAAACGUGGUCACUUUAAGUAUUGUGCGAUCACGGUACUAUCAACUUACACAGAUCUAUCGUACGUUAUCAGUUCAACUCUAAGAUAUUCUUCGCGAAUUUGAGUCCAAGUACGUCAAUUAGUAAACGUGAAAAAAAAAUUUGAAGCGAAAUUUUCGUUGUUAAUAAUGUAUGCAUCCUUGGUGCGAUCAAGGCAAAUUGCAACGAAAAGUCAAUUUGUUUUGAAAACCAUUAGUUUUGUUACCGUUUCGUGCGCAUCUAAUUGAAAAAAACUUUUGUUAUUUAGUCCAUUGUUCUUACACAUUUUCAUGUAUAUAUAGUGUUUUAAAAAAACUUUUAACAUGUUUCAAAUAGUUUUUGAUCUGUUCUACUACUAAAGCAUUUCGAUUCCCAGUAUUGUGGCCUAAAACCACAUUUGUAAAAUGUAGAAGAAAUAGUAGGGUUAGAUAUAGUUAAAAUCCUGUCAAUAUAAAUAUCAUUCAAUCCGA